AUGUCUGCUGUCCCGACACCAUCGUCAUCUAGCGGGUACGCUUCUCCCGCACCUUCGUCCAACAGCCCUGCCCCGCCGAAACCUAACGCGCCUCCCAAACCCAAACCGCUCAAUGUGUUCUCUAACGACGGUUCAUUCCUAGAGCGCUUUCAGCGUUUGAAGAAGGAGGAGGAUGAGAAGAAGAAGCAGGAAGAUACUCUGCGACAGAAACGGGAGUUUGACAGUCGUUUCAAAAAGCGGGGCAAGCGUCCUUCUCCUGACGCGUCGAGCUCAAAUGAUACCACAGAGAAUCCCGCCAAGAAGGCUAAAGUUGACGAGCCACUCAACCAGUACCAGAAAGAACUUCAGAACUACGCAGACAAGAGUCUGAAGGAGCAUGGUACUGGUGUGAGGCCGCUCGUCAAAUGAAUAGCUCUCUUGUGUCUUGACCCACUUUUAUCGUUACUUUGUCAUACUCGUCUUUGAUGUUAUCUCGCUACCGCU